CUGGAAAAGAAAGCAACCCCCAACAUACUCUUGAACCAUGAUCGCCGCCGCUUUUUUAGUUUUGCUGAGACCUUACAGCAUCCAAUGUGCCCUCCUCUUGCUCCUUCUGCUGCUGGGCACCGUCGCCACGAUUUUAUUCUUCUGCUGCUGGCACCGCAAGCUCCAGAAAGGGAGGCAUCCGAUCAAAUCGGUCUUUUCCGGGCGCUCAAGGAGCCGAGAUGCUGCAAUGAGAAGCCACCACUUUCGCUCAGAGGGUUUUAGACCAAGCCCCCGCCACAUUAGAAGACGUGUCGUGCCUCGCCUUGAAGAAACACAGCCCCUGGUAGAAGUGCAUCAGCUGAGUGAGCAGGAAACAUCGGUUAAGAAAAGGAAGAUCAAGAAAAGCAGCAGAGUCCAACCAGAAUUCUACCAUUCUGUUCAAGUCACACCAACUCGAAAGCCAAGCUCAGGAAACGCUUCCUACAGAUGCUCCAUGUCAUCCUCUGCGGAUUUUUCAGACGACGAUGAUUUCAGUCAGAAAUCUGGUUCCCUGUCCCCGGCUCCGGGUGACACCCUGCCCUGGAACCUACCUAAACACGAGAGAUCCAAGAGGAAAAUUCAAGGAGGCUCUGUGUUGGAUCCAGCUGAGAGAGCUGUGCUCAGAAUCGCCGAUGAGCGGGACAAAGUACAAAAGAAAACAUUCACAAAAUGGAUAAACCAGCACCUUAUGAAGGUCCGCAAGCAUGUGAAUGACCUCUAUGAAGACCUGAGAGAUGGACAUAACUUGAUUUCUCUUUUAGAAGUUCUUUCAGGAGACACCUUGCCCAGAGAGAAAGGUCGGAUGCGUUUUCACAGACUGCAGAAUGUACAAAUUGCACUUGAUUAUUUGAAAAGACGGCAGGUGAAACUGGUGAACAUUAGGAACGAUGACAUUACGGACGGGAAUCCCAAAUUGACUUUGGGAUUGAUAUGGACCAUAAUUUUGCACUUUCAGAUUUCUGACAUCCAUGUUACUGGAGAGUCAGAGGACAUGUCUGCUAAAGAGAGAUUGCUCCUGUGGACACAGCAGACAACUGAGGGUUAUGCUGGUAUUCGUUGUGAAAAUUUCACUACCUGCUGGCGAGAUGGGAAAUUAUUUAAUGCCAUCAUUCAUAAAUACAGGCCGGACCUGAUAGACAUGAAUACCGUUGCUGUUCAAAGCAACCUUGCAAAUUUAGAGCAUGCUUUUUUUGUAGCAGAAAAACUUGGUGUUGCCAGACUUCUGGACCCCGAAGAUGUUGAUGUCUCCUCGCCUGAUGAGAAGUCAGUAAUCACUUAUGUGUCAUCACUUUAUGAUGCAUUUCCCAAAGUACCAGAAGGUGGUGAAGGCAUCAGUGCACAUGAUGUUGAAGUCAAGUGGGUUGAAUACCAGAAUAUGGUGAACUACCUCAUCCAGUGGAUCAGGCACCAUGCCACGAUGAUGACUGACAGAGCGUUUCCAAACAAUCCUGUGGAACUCAAGGCACUUUAUAACCAAUAUUUACAAUUUAAAGAAACAGAAAUUCCACCAAAGGAGAUAGAGAAAUCAAAAAUCAAACACCUAUAUAAAUUACUGGAGGUUUGGAUAGAAUUUGGGCGUAUCAAGCUUCCUCAAGGUUACCACCCAAAUGACAUAGAGAAAGAGUGGGGGAAGCUAAUUAUUGCUAUGUUGGAAAGAGAAAAAACACUUCGACCAGAAGUUGAGAGGUUAGAAAUGCUGCAGCAGAUUGCAAACAGAAUUCAGCGAGACAGCCUGGGCUGUGAAGACAAACUAAUGCUUGCUCGAAAUGCUGUGCAAUCAGAUGCAAAGCGAUUAGAAUCAGGUCUGCAGUUCCAGAAUGAAGCUGAGAUUGCAGGUUAUCUACUUGAAAGUGAGAAUCUACUGCGUCAACAAGUCUUGGAUGCCCAGAUUCUUAUUGAUGGGAAAUAUUAUCAGGCAGAUCAGCUGGUCCAGAGGGUUGCAAAACUGCGAGAUGACCUUAUGGCCUUAAGAGCAGAGUGCUCCUCAAUCUACAGCAAGGGGAGGACGCUGACUACAGAACAGACCAAGAUGAUGAUAUCAGGAAUAACACAAAGCUUAAACUCAGGAUUUGCACCAAACUUCAGCCCUAGCUUAAACUCUGGACUGAGCCAGGGCUUAUCACCCUCCUUGACGUCAUCGAGUCUAACAUCAGGUUUAUCAUCGGGUCUUUCUUCAAGAAUGACUCCCGCCAUCACCCCAGCAUAUACCCCAGGUUUCCCACCACGGUUAAUUCAAAGCUACAUAACAGGAGUUGACACUGGUGCACUGCAAACGCUCAAAUUGAUGCAGAUCCGAAAACCUCUGAUGAAAUCGGCAUUUAUCGAUCAGAAUUUAACAGAGGAGGAAGUCAACAUGAAGUUUGUUCAGGAUCUUCUCAGAUGGGUAGAUGAAAUGCAGGUGCAACUUGAUCGAGCUGAAUGGGGUUCGGAUUUGCCAAGCGUUGAAAGCCAUUUAGAAAAUCACAAGAAUGUCCACAAAGCUAUUGAAGAAUUUGAGUCAAGCCUUAAAGAAGCAAAAAUCAGUGAGAUCCAGAUGACUGCUCCCCUUAAACUCAGCUAUGCAGACAAAUUGCACAAACUGGAGAGCCAAUAUGCAAAACUCUUGAACACCUCAAGAAAUCAGGAAAGACACCUUGAUACCCUUCACAAUUUUGUAUCUCGCGCUACGAGAGAACUCAUAUGGUUGAAUGAGAAAGAAGAGGAGGAGGUUGCAUAUGACUGGAGUGAAAGAAAUACAAAUAUAGCACGGAAAAAAGACUACCAUGCAGAACUGAUGAGAGAACUUGAUCAGAAGGAAGAAAUUAUCAAAUCUGUUCAGGAAAUAGCAGAACAAUUGCUAUUUGAAAACCACCCUGCAAGGCUAACUAUUGAGGCCUACCGAGCUGCAAUGCAAACACAGUGGAGCUGGAUUUUGCAGCUUUGCCAAUGUGUUGAACAGCAUCUGAGAGAAAACACUGCAUAUUUUGAGUUUUUCAACGACGCCAAAGAGGCCAUAGAUUACUUGAAGAAUUUAAGAGAUGCUGUUCAUCGAAAAUACAGCUGUGAUAGGUCCAGCAGUAUUCAUAAACUGGAAGAUCUGAUCCAAGAGUCAAUGGAAGAGAAAGAACAGCUCCUGCAGUACAAGAACACAGUGGCUGGCCUUGUGGGAAGAGCAAAGACAAUAGUUCAGCUGAAGCCAAGGAAUCCAGAUAACCCACUGAAGACAUCCAUCCCAAUCAAAGCCAUCUGUGACUAUAGACAAAUUGAGAUAACCAUUUACAGAGAUGAUGAAUGUGUACUGGCAAGCAACUCCCAUCGGGCAAAAUGGAAAGUGAUUAGUCCAAGCGGUAAUGAGGCCAUGGUUCCCUCCGUCUGUUUUACUGUUCCUCCACCCAACAAAGAAGCAAUAGACACUGCAAACAGAAUUGAACAGCAAUAUCAGAAUGUCCUGGCCCUGUGGCAUGAAUCACAUGUAAACAUGAAGAGCGUGGUCUCCUGGCACUAUUUGACAAAUGAAAUUGAAACUGUUCGAGCCAGUAAUGUUGCUUCGAUAAAGACACUCUUGCCAGGUGAACACCAGCAGGUUUUAAGCAACUUGCAGUCCCGCUUUGAUGACUUCCUUGAAGACAGCCAGGAGUCCAAAGCCUUUUCAGUUGCUGAUAUUGCUCAGCUGGAAAGGGAGGUGAAUGUGUGCAAGCAGUACUACCAAGAGCUCCUUAAGUCUGCAGAGAGAGAGGAGCAUGAAGAAUCCAUUUACAACCUAUACAUCUCAGAAGUUCGAAACAUGAGACUUCGUUUGGAGAAUUGUGAAGAUCGUUUGAUUAGGCAGAUUCGAACCCCACUGGAGAGAGAUGACUUACAUGAAAGUGUAUUUCGGAUCUCUGAACAAGAGAAACUGAAGAAGGAUCUGGAUCGACUCAAAGAGGACUUGGAAACAAUCACAGACAAAUGCGAUGAUUUUUUCAGUCAAGCUGCUGGUUCACCCUCAGUUCCUACUCUGCGGUCGGAGCUUAACCUAGUAAUUCAAAAUAUGAAUCAGGUUUACUCCAUGUCUUCCAUUUACAUAGAAAAGUUAAAAACUAUAAAUUUGGUGCUGAAAAACACUCAAGGAGCUGAAGCACUGGUAAAACUCUAUGAGACUAAACUAUGUGAGGAAGAACCAUUAACUGCUGACAAGAGCAAUAUUGAGAACCUUAUGGCUACAUUAAAGCAAUGGAGAUCAGAGGUUGAUGUAAAGAGAGAAGUAUUCCAUGCUCUAGAAGACGAACUCCAGAAAGCUAAAGCAAUUAGUGAUCAGAUGUUUAAAACACACAAGGAACGUGAUCUUGACUUUGACUGGCACAAAGAGAAAGCAGAUCAGCUGACCGAGAGAUGGCAGAAUGUUCAUUCUCAGAUUGAGAACAGGUUGCGUGACUUAGAAGCUAUUAAUAAAACCCUAAAGUACUACAGGGAUACGUAUGGUGCACUGGAUAACUGGAUCAAGCAAGUCGAAGAAACUCAGCAGAGGUUCCAGGAAAACCCACCUCAAAACAGUAAAGCUCUGGCCAAGCAGCUAAACCAGCAAAAGGUGCUAGUGUCGGAAAUAGAGACGAAACAAAACAAGCUAGAUGAAUGCCAGAAGCAUUCAGAGCAGUAUUCAGCUGCAGUAAAGGACUACGAGUUGCAAACGAUGACAUACAGAGCCAUGGUUGACUCCCAGCAAAAAUCUCCAGUGAAACGCCGAAGAAUGCAGAGCUCCUCUGAUUUCAUUAUCCAAGAGUUUAUGGACUUACGAACACGCUACACAGCUUUGGUGACCUUGAUGACUCAGUAUAUAAAGUUUGCUGGUGACUCUCUCAAAAGGCUGGAGGAGGAAGAGAAGUCAGUGGAAGAGGAAAAGAAAGAACACGUCGAAAAAGCUGGGGACUUACUGAAAUGGGUUUCAAACAUCACCAAGACCCUCGGCAAAGGCGGAGGAGAAAAGUCUGAAAAAGCAGAUUCUCUUAAGAAACAGAUAUCGUCCGACGAACUGUUAACCAAGAAAGAACAGAUAUCAGAAGCUUUGCAAACAACACAGACAUUUUUAGCAAAACAUGGCGAUAAAAUGACAGAUGAAGAGAAAAAUGAAAUGGAAAACCACGUGAGAUCCCUGCAAGAAGGUUAUAAACUGUUGUCCAAUGAAGAUUUGAAGCAGCUGCAGCAGGAACAAGAUGUAGAUAAUGAAAACGUGGGUGAAAAGGUAGUCAACAACCAGCACCAGGAUUUCACAGAAAAAUUACAGGAUAUAUGCGACCUUCUCACACAGACGGAAAACCAGCUCAUCGGCCACAAAGAAGCACUUGCUAUUGAAGAUACCAAGGCAGAGUUGCAGCAAUACCAGAUGAAACAAGAGGAGCUGCAGAAAGAUAUGCAAGCAAAUACACAGGCACUGGCAGAAAUUGUGAAAAAUACAGAGAUGUUUUUGAAAGAAAAUGGAGAAAAGCUGCGACAAGAAGACAAGACUGCUCUUGAAAAGAAGCUUAAUGAAGCCAAGACCAAGUGUUUGCUGCUUAGCCAGAAGGCAGAGGAGUCCAGGAAACAGCUGGAUAAAGCCGUAACAACAGCUAUUAAGCAGGAAACAGAAAAGGUUGCAGCUAGAGAACAGCUAGAGGAGAGUAAAAGCACAAUAGAGAAUCUUCUGGACUGGUUGUCAAAUGUCGACAAGGAUGCUGAACAUGGGGGCAAAAAAGGCAAUCCAGCAAUUAAACAGAAUGGCACCCAUUUCCAAGAAGGAGAGUUGGCUGGAGAAGACGAUGAAUUCAAUGGCAACUUGAUGGAAAUCCAACAACAGAAUGAAACUCACGUGGAUGGACAGUUUAAGCCCCCAGAAGAUAAUCUCAACAUGCAAUAUCAGAAAGCCAAGGCUCAGCAUGAGAAAAUUAUUUCCCAGCAGCAAGCUGUCAUAAUAGCUACGCAGUCAACCCAAGCCCUGCUUGAAAAGCAAGGACACCAUCUUUCUCCAGAGGAAAAGGAGAAGAUUCAAAGGAAUAUGAAGGAACUGAAGGUGCAGUAUGAAACUGCCUUAGCAGAGUCGGAGCAGAAGCUGAAGUUGACUCGCUCUUUGCAGGAGGAGCUUGAGAAGUUUGAUGCGGACUAUGGUGAGUUUGAAAGCUGGCUCCAGCAGGGAGAGCAAGAACUUGAUAACCUGGAGACAGGUGCAUCUGACUUCAAUGGGAUUAUCAUCAAACUGAAAAGGCAGAAGAGUUUUUCGGAAGAUGUCAUUUCUCACAAAGGGGACUUGCGGUACAUCACCAUUUCUGGACAGAGAGUAUUGGAUGCUGCUAAAUCGUGUAAUAAAAGAGAAGGUGUCAAAUAUGACAAGGAAGGUAUUGAUACUUCUUCAACUUACAUUGAGGUGCAGAAUAAGCUGGAUAGUGCAACUGGUCGCUUCAAAUCUCUCUACUCUAAGUGCAGUAUCCUUGGAAAUAACCUCAAAGAUCUGGUAGAUAAAUACCAGAAUUAUGAGGACACCUCAUCUGGGCUUCUGCUAGGACUUCAGGCCUCUGAAGAAGCUGUGAAUAAACAGUUGUCUGAGGCAGUUGCUGUAGAUCCAAAAAAUCUGCAGAGACAACUGGAAGAAACCAAGGUACUUCAGGGGCAGGUGUCCGGUCACCAGGUUGCUGUAGAGAAACUGAAAAAAGCUGCCGAAGUGCUUUUUGACACCAGGGGAGAAUUACUGCCAGACAAAGAUGAAAUCCAGAAUACCCUGGAUACUAUUGUGGAUAAGUAUAACCACUUAUCCAAAGCAGUGAAUGACCGGAAUGAGAAACUUCAGAUCACUCUGACACGUUCAUUAAGCGUCCAGGAUGGAUUGGAUGAAAUGCUUGAUUGGAUGAAUGGUGUUGAGAAGAGUCUUGAGGAGCAAGGUCAAGUGCCUUUGAAUUCUUCUGUAAUUCAGGAUGUCAUUAGUAAAAGUAUGGCUCUAGAACAAGACAUUGUGGGUCGGCAAAGUAGCCUAAAUGCCAUGAAAGAGAAGUUGAACAAAUUCAUGGAAACAACAGACCCAUCCACUGCAUCCUCUUUACAAGCUAAAAUGAACGAACUUUCUCAGCGGUUUUGUGAAGCAAAUGAUAAACACAGGAAAAAACUUGAAAAGUUGGAGGGAUUGAAGACUAGAGUGGAGCUGUUUGAGUGCCUCACUGAUAAACUCCAGUCAUUCUUGGACAAGAAAACUCAGGCUCUCAGCGAGGCUGACAUCCCAGGAAAAGAUGUUACUGAGAUGUCCUUAUAUGUGCAGGAAACCAACACUGAACUGAUGGAGCAGAAAAAAGAUCUUGAAAAUUUGCAACACCUCAUUGAAGAACUUUUUCCUCAUGCUCUUCCUGGAGACAGGUCAUUAGUGUUAGAAAAAGUAAAUGCCUUGUCAAAGAAAUUCAAGGAAAUGGAAGAGACUAUACGAGAAAAAGAAGAGGAUGUUUCCUCUUGCCAAAAGCAGAUGGAUGAGUUCAAUCUUCAUGUAGAAUCUUUGAAGAAAUGGGUAGAUGAGAUGAUGGAAAGAAUUCCAGCUAUCCAGCCCUCUUUGAAUGUGGAGAAUUUAAACAAACAUUUGAAAAACACUAAGCAUUUGGAGGAGGAAUGGAGUUCGAAGGCACCUGACAUUCAGAAAAUGAUUAGCAGAGGAACAGCAUUAUGCAACCUAAUUAGUGCUGUGACUUCCCCUGCAAGGUCAAGGGGAGUAAAAUCAGCUGUAAGCGGAACAGUAUUAAAUGGUGAAGGAGCAGCUACAGGUACCCAGGGAUUCCUAACAAACAAAGAAGUGACCACUGUCCAACACAACAUGUCAACUGUAAGCCAUAGUUAUGAUGAUUUGGGAGCAGUACUGAAGGAAAAAAGAUCAGAACUGGAAUCCACUCUUUCAAAUAUGCAAAACAUUCAAAGAGAAUCAAAUUCAGUGAUGGAAUGGUUACAGAAUAUGGACACUGCUGCAGCCAAAUGGGAAGCAACUCUUAUUGACAGUGAGGCUGUUAAAGAGCAAGUCGAUCAACACAAGCUAUUUGAAACAGAAUUGAAACAGAAUGAGAAUAAAGUGCAAGAACUGAAGGAUAGAGUGACAGAGCUAUUGGAGAAGAACCCAGACUCUCCUGAGGCACCGAAAUGGAAACAGAUGUUGGAUAAAAUAGAUUCCAAAUGGAGGGAACUCAGCCAGGUAACAGCUGACAGACAGAAAAAACUGGAAGAGUCAUCAAAUUACUUGACCCAGUUCCAAGCAACCGAGGCUCAGUUAAAACAGUGGCUGGUAGAAAAAGAAUUAAUGGUCAGCGUGCUUGGACCACUGUCAAUUGACCCAAAUAUGUUGAACACGCAGAAGCAGCAAGUUCAGAUUCUGCUCAAUGAGUUUGACACUCGAAAACCCCAAUUUGAGCAGCUGAAUACAGCAGGACAAGGGAUAAUGAAGAGACCAGGGGAACACCCACCUUCUCACGAAAUGGUGAAGCAGCAACUGGCCGCUGUGGCGCAGAAAUGGGAUGGCUUAACAGGACAGCUGAGUGACCGAUGCAACCGAAUUGACCAAGCCAUUGUCAAAAGCACAGAAUAUCAAAGCUGCCUGAAAAGCCUUUCUGAGAAGCUUAGUAUCUUGGAUGAUAAACUCAACAGCAGCCUGGCUAUAAGUACAGACCCUGAUUCUGUGAAACGGCAACUGGAAGUGGCCAGAGAAGUGAAAGAAGAAAUUGAACAGGAAAUGCCAAAGAGAAAGGCAGCUCAAGCUCUGUGUGAGGAAUUGUCAGCACUGGUGGCAGAAGAUUACUUGAAAGCUGAACUAGCUAGGCAAUUGGAUGGCAUCUUAAAACCCUUUCACGAUAUGGAACAAAAAGCAGGCAGUCACAUUGAGCAACUUCAAUCGACCUACGUUAGUUCUCAUCAGUUCCAGCAAAUGUCUAAGGACUUUCAGGCCUGGCUUGACAAAAAGAAGGAAGAACAAAAUCAGCCUUGUCCCAUCUCUACCAAGCUGGAGUAUCUGUGGACAUUAAUUGAUGAUCAGAAAGAGUUCAAGGCUGCCUUGUCUGACCAGACUGGUUCUUAUGAAAAAAUCAUUGCAGAAGGCGAAAGUCUACUCCAGAAGACUCAGGGAGCAGAGAAGGCUGAGCUGCAGGCCCAACUGAACUUGCUCAGAGGUAACUGGGAUGAAAUGAACAAGCAAGUUAAAGAAAGGCAAGAUAAAUUAAAUGAUUGUUUGGAAAAAGCCCUUAAAUACAGAGAGCAUGUAGAAAACCUACAACCCUGGAUAGCGAAAUGCCAAAGCAAUAUCUCUCAAAUAGAAAUGAGCAUAGAUCCUGUUCAGCUAGAGAAUUCCAUCGCUCAGGUGAAGACCUGGCAGAAGGACCUAGACAAACACCAAGGGUUGGUGGAGCUAUUAAGUAAUGCAGCUGAGACAUUACUCAGUGCCUGUCAGACAGACAAAGACAUUAUUGAAGAGGAGAAGACAUUGCUGAUCCAGAACAUGGAUAUAGUCACAGAACAACUGCAUGCUAAGAGAUAUGGUCUGGAAAAGAUGUCUCAGAGACUGAAAGAGUUUCAAGAGUCAUCAAAGGAUGUUGAAGAGCAGCUGAAGAAUGCCAGAGAACAGCUGGAAACACACGAUUCUCUCAAACCCCAGACUUACAGUAACAAACACUUGACGAUUAUGCAGACUCAGCAGAAAACACUCCAGGCCGUGAAGGCUCAAGUGGACCUGACGAAAAAGCUUGCCCAAGAACUGGUGGCAGAUGCUUCAGAUUCAUCAGGUGUUUCUGACCUCUUGUUGCAGGCAGAAACAUUACAAGAAGAAUUCAGCACCAUCUGUCAGCAGGUUGAAGAUAAAUGUUCAUUCCUGGAGACUAAACUCCAGGGAAUUGGCCAUUUCCAAAACAGCAUCCGAGAGAUGUUUUCUCAGUUUGCAGAGUUCGACGAUGAAUUGGACAGCAUGGAUUCUGUGGGGAGAGAUCUUGUCACACUGCAGUCACAGCGAAAGGAUAUAAAAACUUUCCUGAAAAAGUUGGAGGAACUCAUAACCAGUAAUGAAAAUGCAAAUAAUACUUGCAAAAUGAUGCUAGCAAAUGAAGCUGAAGCUUCUCCAGAUCUUGCAGGUAUAAAAAGGGACUUGGAGGCUUUAAAUAAGCAGUGCAACAAGUUGCUAGAUAGAGCAAAAGCCAGAGAUGAACAGAUUGAAGGGACUAUUAGCCGCGUUGAAGAGUUCUACAGUAAACUAAAGGGGUUUUCUAAACUGCUCAUGGAAGUUGAAGAGCAUGAAGAGUCGCAGGGUUCUGUUGGAAUGGAAAUUGAGAUGAUAAAUCAGCAGCUGAACGUAUUUAAGGUAUUCGAGAAGGAAAAGAUUGAACCACUGCAGGUUAAGCAACAGGAGGUAAAUUGGUUGGGUCAAGGCCUUAUUCAGAGUGCUGCUAAAAAUGCUAGUACUGAUAACCUUGAGCGUGAUCUUGAGGAUGUUAACACAAGAUGGAAAACUCUCAACAAAAAGGUUGCUCAAAGAGCAGCCCAGUUGCAAGAGGCACUGCUCCACUGUGGGAGGUUUCAAGAUGCUGUUGAAUCAAUCCUUAGUUGGCUUAUUGACACAGAAGACCUUGUGGCUAAUCAGAAGCCUCCAUCUGCUGAGUUCAAAGUUGUGAAGGCCCAAAUACAGGAACAGAAACUUCUCCAAAGAUUGCUGGAUGACCGCAGACCCACUGUUGAACUAAUCAAGCGUGAAGGGGAGAAAAUUGCAGAGUCAGCAGAGCCCGCUGAUAAAGAGAAGAUCUUGAAACAGCUGAGCCUCCUGGAUAGCAGAUGGGAUGCACUGCUUGAUAAAGCAGAAACAAGGAAUCGUCAGUUGGAAGGUAUCUCAGCUGUAGCACAGCAAUUCCAUGAAACUUUAGAACCGCUGGUUGAGUGGCUAACCAUCACUGAAAAGAGGCUUUCAAAUUCAGAACCCAUUGGAACACAGGCUUCCAAACUACAACAGCAGAUUUCUCAACAUAAAGCCUUUGAGGAAGACAUCGCCACUCGCAACAAAAAUUUGCAGCAAGCUAUUAAUAUUGGUCAGUCUUUAAAGGCAUUGAGCUCCAAGGAAGAUAAGGAAAUGGUGCAGGAGAAACUAGAUUCUUCAGAAGCCCAAUACACUGAGAUUCGAGAGAAAAGUGGCAGUAGGGCUCAGCUUCUACAGCAAGCCUAUUGCAAUGCUCAAAUUUUUGGAGAAGAUGAAGUUGAAUUGAUGAAUUGGCUGAAUGAAGUUCAUGAGAAACUGAGCAAACUGGCAGUCCAAGACUACAAUACUGACUUGCUUGUGAAACAACAAACUGAAAUGCUGGCUCUCCAAGAAGAGAUUCUGCUCAGAAAGCAAAAUGUUGAUCAGGCUAUACAAAAUGGUUUGGAGCUUCUCAAACAAACAACAGGUGAUGAAGUUGUCAUAAUUCAAGAUAAAUUGGAAGGCAUUAAAACAAGGUACAAGGACAUAACUAAGCUGAGUUCUGAUGUGUCCAAGACUUUAGAACAGGCUCUACAGCUUUCUGGUCAGCUGCAGUCAGCUCAUGAGAAACUCUGCACUUGGCUGGAUAAAGUUGAGGUGGAAUUACAGUCGUAUGAAGCGCAGGUCCCCAAAGGUGAAGAGUUAAGUCAAGCGCAAGAAAGACAAAAGGCACUGAAAAAAGAAGCAAAAGACAAUAAAAGCUUACUGGACACUCUUAACGAAGUCAGCAGUGCUUUGCUUGAACUGGUGCCAUGGAGAGCAAGGGAAGGGAUAGACAAAAUGAUUACAGAAGACAAUGAACGGUACAGAUUAGUGAGCGACACUGUAACUCAGAAAGUGGAAGAAAUUGAUGCUGCCAUUUUCAGAUCGCAGCAGUUUGAUCAAGCAGCCGACACUGAAUUAGCCUGGGUUAAGGAGACAGAAAAUAAACUGAUGUCUCUGGGUGACAUUAGGCUUGAACGUGACCAGACCAUUGCUCAGCUACAAGUUCAAAAGGCAUUUACCAUGGAAAUUUUGAAACACAAGGAUACAAUAGAAGAGCUUGUUGCAUCUGGGGAUGAGAUUAUGAAGACAUGCACGGAAGAGGACAAACAAACCAUGAAGAAGAAGCUGGAAGACCUCUUGCAGAAGUAUAAUACACUCUGUCAAAUGAACUCUAAGAGGAACCUGCAGCUAGAAAGAGCUCAUUCUCUAGCCAGUCAGUUCUGGGAGACUUAUGAAGAGAUUUGGCCAUGGCUAACGGAAACAAAAACAGUAAUAUCACAGCUUCCAGCACCAGCCCUUGAAUAUGAAACUCUAAAGCAACAACAAGAAGAGCACCGGCAACUGCGAGAGUUGAUUGCUGAACACAAGCCUCAUAUAGAUAAGAUGAAUAAAACUGGACCUCAGCUUCUGGAGCUGAGCCCGCGAGAAGGUUUUUCAAUCCAAGAGAAGUAUGUAGCAGCUGAUGCCCUUUAUAGUCGAAUUAAAGAAGAUGUCAAAAAGCGAGCUCAGGCACUGGACGAAGCUAUUUCUCAGUCUACCCAGUUCCAUGACAAGAUAGAUUCGACCACUGAGAGCCUAGAACGCAUUGUUGAACGUUUGAGGCAACCACCUUCCAUCUCAGCUGAGGUUGAGAAGAUUAAAGAACAGAUUGGUGAAAAUAAGAACGUGUCUGUCGACCUUGAAAAACUUCAGCCAGUCUAUGAAACCCUCAAGCAGCGCGGGGAGGAGAUGAUUGCCCGUUCAGAAGGCACGGAUAAGGACAUAUCUGCCAAAGUGGUUCAGGAUAAGUUGGAUCAAAUGGUCUUUAUGUGGGAAGACAUCCAUACCCUGGCUGAGGAAAGGGAGGCCAAAUUGCUUGAUGCAAUGGAAUUAGCAGAGAAGUUCUGGUGUGAUCACAUGGCUCUCAUAGCCACUAUUAAGGAUACUCAGGAUUUUAUCAGAGAACUAGAAGGAGCUGGAAUUGAUCCUUCAGUGGUAAAGCAACAGCAAGAAGCAGCAGAGACUAUUAAAGAAGAGAUAGAUGGGUUACAAGAAGACUUAGAUGUAGUGGUAAGCCUUGGCUCUGAACUGAUAGCAGCAUGUGGAGAACCUGACAAACCAUUAGUCAACAAGAGCAUAGAUGAGCUAAAUUCUGCUUGGGAUGCUUUAAAUAAAGCAUGGAAAGAACGUGUUGACAAGCUUGAGGAAGCAAUGCAAGCGGCUGUUCAGUAUCAAGAUGGAUUGCAGGCCUUAUUUGACUGGGUGGAUAUUGCUGGCAGUAAAUUAGCUUCGAUGUCACCAGUUGGAACAGACCUAGAAACAGUUAAACAACAGACAGAAGAAAUGAAGCAAUUUAAGAAAGAAGCCUAUCAGCAGCAGAUUGAAAUGGAACGGCUGAACCACCAAGCAGAGUUGUUGUUGAAGAAGGUGACAGAGGAGAGUGAUAAGCACACCGUACAAGACCCCUUGUCUGAACUUAAGCUGUUGUGGGAAAGUCUGGAGGAUAAAAUUGUUAGCCGCCAGCAUAAGCUGGAAGGCGCUUUGUUGGCUUUGGGACAGUUCCAACAUGCCUUGGAUGAGUUGCUCGCAUGGCUCACCCAUACAGAGGACCUGCUGAAUGAACAGAAACCUGUGGGUGGUGACCCCAAGGCUAUUGAAAUUGAGCUGGCCAAACAUCAUGUGCUGCAAAAUGAUGUCUUGGCUCACCAGUCCACUGUGGAAACAGUUAAGAAAGCAGGAAAUGACCUUAUUCAGUCAAGUGCUGUUGAAGAAGCGAGCAAUCUGCAAAGCAAGCUGGAACUUCUGAAUCAGCGAUGGCAAAAUGUCUUGGAAAAAACAGAAAAGAGGAAGCUGCAGCUGGACAGUGCUUUGAUCCAGGCCCAAGGUUUCCAUGGUGAAGUUGAAGAUCUGCAACAAUGGCUGACAGAAACGGAGCGUCAGCUUUUGGCAUCGAAACCAGUUGGUGGUUUACCAGAGACUGCAAGAGAACAGCUUAAUAUCCAUAUGGAACUCUGUGCUGCCUUUGAAGCUAAAGAAGAAACAUACAAGUGUCUGAUGCAAAAGGGCCUACAGAUGCUUGCAAGAUGCCUAGAGACUAUUGAAACAAAUGUUGAGCAGGACAUAAAUAAUCUUAAAGAGAAAUGGGAAUCAGUGGAAACAAAGCUGAGUGAAAGAAAAAUCAAACUGGAAGAAGCUCUCAAUUUGGCAAUGGAGUUCCACAACUCACUGCAGGACUUCAUCAACUGGCUUACUCAAGCUGAGCAAACCUUGACAGUAGCUUCUCGGCCAAGUCUUAUCUUGGAUACUGUCUUAUUUCAAAUUGAUGAACACAAGGUCUUUGCCAAUGAAGUGAAUGCCCACCGUGACCAGAUUAUUGAGCUGGACAAAACUGGAACACAUUUGAAAUACUUCAGCCAGAAACAGGACGUUGUCCUCAUUAAAAAUCUGCUGAUCAGUGUCCAGAGUAGAUGGGAAAAAGUAGUUCAGCGCUUAGUGGAAAGAGGAAGAGCUUUGGAUGAUGCAAGGAAGCGCGCCAAGCAGUUCCAUGAAGCCUGGAACAAACUUACUGAAUGGCUGGAUGAUUCAGAAAAGACUCUGGAUACAGAGCUUGAAAUUGCAAAUGAUCCAGACAAAAUUAAGAUGCAGCUUGCCCAGCAUAAGGAUUUCCAGAAGGCUCUUGGAGCUAAACAUUCUGUGUAUGACACCACAAAUAGAAGUGGACGUGCUUUGAAAGAAAAAACUUCCCUAGCUGAUGACAAUCUGAAACUGGAUGAUAUGCUGAGUGAACUCAGAGACAAAUGGGAUACAGUAUGUGGGAAAUCUGUAGAAAGACAAAACAAACUGGAAGAAGCUCUGCUGUUUUCUGGGCAAUUUACUGAUGCUCUUCAAGCUCUCAUAGAUUGGCUGUACAAAGUGGAACCGCAGCUGGCCGAAGAUCAGCCUGUGCACGGAGACAUUGAUUUAGUGAUGAACUUAAUAGAUAAUCACAAAGCGUUCCAGAAGGAACUGGGGAAAAGGACAGGCAGCGUCCAGGCACUGAAACGCUCUGCUCGUGAACUGAUAGAAGGUAGUCGUGAUGAUUCCUCCUGGGUUAAGGUCCAAAUGCAGGAACUGGGCACUCGGUGGGAGACGGUGUGUGCAUUGUCCGUCUCCAAGCAAACACGACUGGAACAAGCCCUCCACCAGGCGGAAGAAUUCCACUCAGUUGUGCACGUUCUUCUGGAAUGGCUGGCUGAGGCUGAACAGGCCCUUCGUUUCCAUGGCAAUCUUCCAGAUGAUGAAGAGUCUCUGCGUACUCUAAUAGAUCAGCAUCGGGAAUUCAUGAGAAAACUGGAAGAAAAAAAGGCUGAACUAACAAAAGCCACAGGUAUGGGAGAAGCCAUCCUGGCUAUCUGCCACCCAGACUCCAUCACUACCAUUAAGCACUGGAUAACAAUCAUCAGAGCAAGGUUUGAAGAGGUGUUAGCAUGGGCAAAGCAACAUCAGCAAAGAUUGGCAGGGGCCCUGGCUGCACUUAUCGCUAAUCAAGAGCUGUUGGAAGCAUUAUUGACCUGGUUGCAGUGGGCAGAGACGACACUUAGUGAAAAAGAUAAGGAAGUCAUUCCUCAGGAGAUUGAUGAUGUUAAGGCACUCAUAGCUGAGCAUCAGACAUUCAUGGAGGAAAUGACCAGAAAACAGCCUGAUGUGGAUAAGGUUACUAAGACCCAUAAAAGGAAAGCAGCUGAAUCUGGUCCAAUUCAUUCUCAUAUUCCUGUACUGGAUAAAGGAAGAGGAGGAAGAAAGCGUUCCCCAACACCAAGCAUGUAUCCCUCAGGUGCACAGGCUCAGAUUGAAACCAAGAAUCCACGGGUGAACCUCUUGGUCAGCAAAUGGCAGCAAGUCUGGCUUCUGGCUCUGGAAAGAAGAAGGAAACUUAAUGAUGCUUUAGACCGAUUAGAGGAGCUGAAAGAAUUUGCCAACUUUGAUUUUGAUAUUUGGCGGAAGAAGUAUAUGCGUUGGAUGAACCAUAAGAAAUCUCGAGUCAUGGACUUCUUUAGGAGGAUAGAUAAAGAUCAGGAUGGAAAGAUAACCAGACAGGAAUUUAUUGAUGGGAUUCUUUCUUCAAAAUUUCCUACUAGUCGAUUGGAAAUGAGUGCAGUAGCGGAUAUCUUUGACAGAGAUGGUGAUGGCUAUAUUGACUAUUACGAGUUUGUAGCAGCACUUCAUCCAAACAAAGAUGCGUAUAAGCCUCUGACAGAUGCCGACAAAAUUGAAGAUGAGGUGACAAGGCAGGUAGCAAAAUGUAAAUGUGCAAAGCGAUUCCAAGUGGAGCAGAUUGGUGAUAACAAGUACAGAUUCUUCCUGGGAAAUCAGUUUGGUGACUCCCAGCAACUCCGUCUUGUCCGCAUUCUGCGGAGCACUGUUAUGGUUCGAGUUGGAGGCGGAUGGAUGGCACUUGAUGAGUUCUUAGUGAAAAAUGAUCCUUGCAGAGCUAAAGGGAGGACGAACAUGGAGCUACGUGAGAAAUUCAUUUUGGCAGACGGAGCUAGCCAAAGCAUGGCUGCCUUCCGACAAAGGGGACGCAGAUCACGACCUUCUUCAAGGGGUGCUUCACCCAACAGAUCCAUGUCUGUGUCAAAUCCACCUGCUCAAGGAGCUCCAACAUCAGCUCUUGCUGCCAGCACACCCAAGACACCCCAUCAUUUAACACGCAACUAUGGUAAACCAUGGUUGAUAAACAGCAAAACAUCAUCUCCUUGUAAACCUCCAGAGUGCUCUGAAUAUCAAGUGUCAUCCACAGAGGGGACUCCAAUACAAGGGAGUAAACUUAGAUUGCCAGGAUAUCUGUCUGGGAAGGGUUUCCAUUCUGGAGAAGACAGCAGCCUCAUUUCAACAGCAGCUACAAGAGUCAGGGCACAUUUUGCAGACACCAGAAAAACACCAAGCAGACCUGGAAGUCGAGCAGGAAGCAAGGCCGGCAGCAGAGCAAGCAGCCGCCGGGGCAGUGACGCAUCUGAUUUUGACAUUUCAGAAAUUCAGUCUGUGUGCUCGGAUGUAUCGGAGACUGUUCAUACCCCAAUUAGGCCAACGCCCCGACCCAAUUCUCGCUCAGCAUCUGGCAAACCUUCCAAAAUUCCAACUCCACAAAGAAAGUCGCCGGCCAGCAAAUUAGACAAGUCCUCCAAGAGAUAGUGUGAUUGGCUAUGUCAAGACCUUCUUUUUCCUGUGCAUUAAAUAUUUAAGUUUUUAAGAUGUAAAAUAUUCUGUAGAAAUUAUUGUGAAAUAUUACGAGAGUUGGAUUUUUAAUUUUGCAGAUGGCCUUAUUUGUGUAUUUGUCUUGUUUAUUUUAUGUGUAUGAUUUUUGUCUAAUUUGGUUUCGUUUAUGCCAUAUCAUAUGUGAAAAGGAGAAAGUUUUUUUUUCAAUGUAACUAACGGUUGUUUGCAGUAAUGUGUAGAGAGAUCACUAAAAGCAAUUACUGAAUGUACAAUUGUCUUUGCGUCCUAAGUCAACAAGGCCUGUCACUUCAUUAGAUUAACAGUAAAGGAUACCUCAUAACUUUGUCUUAAUGAAAAAGACAACAGUCAACAUUAUGCAUUUUGAGCUAACACAGUGGACACAAAGAGGCACGUGGCAGGGAUACUAAGAAACAGAAGACACAGUUCAUACUGCAGUUAAUCAAAUAUUAUCCUACAGAGAAUUCACAGAGAGAGUUACUUAAAGAGCACUUGCCAGUACUUCAGUACUCCAAUAUUUUGCAGCAUUUUCUGUGCCAUUGCUUUAAAGGCCAGACACCAUCUGGAAUCUAGAAUUAUUACACUUGUAUCAGAAUGCCAGUAUAAUCUGCAUUCACGUCAGCGUGAGGUUUUUCUUUUGCUUGAGUGGAUGAUAGCACUGUAUCAUUGGACUCAUUUUAUAUCAAAGCAGUUUUGCUUGCAAAAAGAAAAGGAAAAAAAAUCUAUGAAAUAAAGCUUGUCCCUUCUC